AUGGCCACAGUGCCGCCUGGGCCUAGUAGCGCACUGCCUGCAUCCCCGGCUGAAAUUCCUCCUUUCCCCGGGGCUGGGAGAGCGGAACCGGCGGUGGAAGACGGAGAAUCGACCUGUCACGGGGAGGACUGCUUGCCCGACUGUACGGGGAACAAGUCGAAGCCGGUCAGCGAGGUCAAAAGGUCGGUCAAGAAGAAGCAGAAAGACAUGCUAGCGCGAGCUAGCCCGGCGGCGCUGCACCUCAAAAUGCAAGUCCGAGAGCAGCAGCAGCAGCAGCUGAACGGCUCGGUCAGCCCCUCGGAGGACUCUGACAGCCACCAGCACGCGGGAAGCCUGUCUGACAAUCUGACGUCGUCCGCGGACAACUGUGACAGCAGCGGCAGCAGCAGCGACGGGGCCGCGGCUACCAACAACAACGAGCACUGCCCGCACGAAGGCCACGGCCCCUUCGCCAAAAACGGCACUCACCCACCUUUGAUGAGCAGCAGCGUGAACGGGAUGCCGCCGUUCACGAGGACUGACGCGGCCCACGGAGGGGAGCGGGAGUUCGACCACACGCAGGCCCCGAGACCGCCCGGCGGCGAGCCUCUGGACGCCGGCGGCCCCAGCGGGGACGAGAGCCCCGGGGGGCCCGGCCAGCAGCCGCCCCCUCCGGCCGAGCAGCUGGCCCGGCUGGACCUGAGCGGCCCCCCCGGCCGGGCGGAGCGGGACGACCACGACAUCCGCUACGUCCGCUACGAGUCCGAGCUGCAGAUGCCGUGGAUCAUGAGACUCAUCACCAAGGACUUGUCUGAGCCUUAUUCAAUUUAUACGUACAGGUACUUCAUCCACAACUGGCCGCAGCUUUGCUUUCUGGCCAUGGUGGAGCAGGAGUGUGUCGGAGCCAUCGUGUGUAAGCUUGACAUGCACAAGAAGAUGUUCCGCCGCGGCUACAUCGCCAUGUUGGCCGUGGACUCCAAACACAGGAGGAAAAGCAUCGGUACUAAUCUGGUGAAAAAGGCCAUCUAUGCCAUGGUGGAGGGGGACUGUGAUGAGGUCGUGCUGGAGACGGAGAUCACCAACAAAUCGGCCCUGAAGCUGUACGAGAACUUGGGUUUUGUCAGAGACAAGCGGCUGUUCAGAUACUACCUGAACGGAGUGGACGCGCUGCGGCUCAAACUGUGGCUCCGCUAGAGGGAAGCAGAAGGGACGCGGGGCGGGUGGGG